UUCCUGCGUGUCACCCAAGUGUGACUCGAGUGUGAGUGACACAAGUGUGACCCUAGUGUGACCCAAGUGUGACCCGAGUGUCACCCGAGUGUCACCCAGGCGUGUUCACCUCCGAGAGUGUCCCUGGAGUGUCCCUGGAGUGUCCCCGGAGUGUCCCCAGCUGCCAUGGAGACCUGCAAGCUGUUCCCAGCCCUGCUGCAGCCACAGGUCACCGUGGUGGCCACCCUGGGCGAGCUGCUGGCCACCCUGCCCAGCCUGGACGAGAUACUGCUCAUGUCCCCAGGGUGCCUGUACAUGGACCUGAAGGACUUCACCAGGGACCUCAGGGCCACCCUGUACCGCACUGAUGACACCUUGUGGCGCCACAAUGUCACCUACGAUGAUGAUGAUGAUCCUCCCACCUCCCUGAGCAAGGCCCUGGCCAUCUACAAGGACACCCCAUGGAUCCCCAGGAACCGUGUGACAAUGGUGACCAUCAUGUGGCACCUGUCCGUAUCUGUGCUUGUGGACAGGUGGGCCCGGCUGGCCAGGAGGGCCACCGAGCUCUGCGAAGCCUGGAGGAGAGACGCCACAAGGGCGGCCACCAAGGUGAGACAGCGGGUGGAGGCGGCCCUGGGGCCACUGGAGCGCUUGGUGGCCGCGUGUGACAAAGCCACCGCCUUCCCCCGGGAGCUGCAGCGCAGGGUUGGAGACAUCGAGGCCGCCCUGACGGGGACAGAUGAGGUGUUCCCCAAUGUCCCUGAGGACUUGGUGGCCAAGGUGGCCGUGGCCGAGCGGCUGUGGGAGGCCAACGCCCGCCUGGCCAAGGAUCACCUGCUUGGGACACUUCAAGACAUCAUCGACUUCUACUUUGGCUGUGGUCGCGCCAGCCCCAAUGCCCGUGAGGUGGCCAAACGGUGCCAGAGAGCCAUCGAGGACAUCCCAAGGCUCCUUCAACCCCCGGAGCGUCCCCAGAGUGUCUCCAAGGUGUUCCCACUGUCCCCGGCCCUGCUGCAGCCACAGGUCACUGUGGUGGCCAUCCUAGGCGAGCUGCUGGCCACCCUGCCCAGUCGGGACGAGAUGCUGCUACUGUCCCCAAAGCACCUGGACUUUGACAUGGUGGAAUUCACUGAGGAACUCCGGGCCACCCUGUACCGCUUUGAUGACACCUGGUGGUGCCACAAUGUCACCUCCAAUGAUGAUGAUGACCCUGUCACCUCCGAUGAUGAUGACCCUCCCAUCUCCCUGAGCCAGGCCCUGAUCACCUGCAAGAGCACCCCAUGGACCAUCCGGAAGCGUGUGACGAUGGCGGCCAGCAAGUGGCAGGGGUUGGUGGCUGCGCUUGCACGCAGGUGGGUCCAGCUGGCCAGCAAAGCCACGGAGCUCCGUAACACCUGCAGGGAGGUGGCCACCAAGGCGGCCAUCAUGGUAGCCACUGCCACCGCCAGGGCCAGAGAGCUGCAGGAUGAGGCUGCCCAUUAUGGGACAGCUCAGGAAAACAUGGUGGAGCUGGGUCAGGCCCUGGGUGGGGAGGAGGGGGCCGCGGUGGUGGCCAGGAGGGAAGCCCGGGUGAGGAGAGAUGCCAUGGUGGCUGCCAGCCAGGCAACCAGGGCCACCAUGGUGAGACAGCGGGUGGAUGUGGCCCUGGGGCUGCUGGAGCACUUGGUGGCUGCGUGUGAGGAAGCCACCGCAUUCCCCCAGGAGCUGCAGCACUUGCUCAGGGACAUCAAGCCUGCCCUGAAGGGGACAAAGGACACAUACCCCAAUGUCCCUGAGGACUUGGUGGCCAAGGUGGCCAUGGCUGAGCAGCUGUGGGAGGCCAACACCCGCCUGGCCAAGGAUCACCUGCUGGGGACACUUCCAGACAGCAUCACGUUCUAUUUCUAUUGUGGUCCUGCUGGCCCCAAUGCCUGUGAAGUGGCCGAGCAGUGCCAAAGAGCCAUCAAGGACAUCCCAAGGCUCCUUCGACCCCCGGAGCGUCCCCAGAGCGUCCCCAAGGUGUCCCCAGUGAGCAUGGAGCUCCAAGAGCUGUCCCUGGCCCGGCUGCAGCCACAGGUCACUGUGGUGGCCAUCCUGGGUCAGUUGCUGGACACCAUGCCCUGGCUGGACAAGGAGAUGCUGCCCGUGUCCCGAAGGUGCCUGUACUGGGACCUGGAGGAAUUCACCAAGGAGCUCCAGACCACCCUGCACCGUAUUGGUGGCACACAGUGGCACCGCACUGUCACCUCUGAUGAUGAUGGCCCACCCGCCACCCUGAGCCAGGCCCUGGCUACCUAUGAGAGCACCCCAGGGACCACCCGGGACCAUGUGACAAUGGUGGCCAGCAAGUGGCAGGGGUCAGUGGCUCUGCUUGUGAACAGCUGGGCCAAACUGGCCAGGGCAGCCACCAAGCUCCUCAACACCUGCAGGGAUUUGGCCACCGAGGCAGAUGACAAGGUGGCAACUGCCACUGCCAGGGCCAGGGAGCUGCAGGUCAAGGCUGCCCGUUAUGGGACAGCUCAGGAAAACAUGGUGGAGCUGGGUCAGGUGCUGGGCAGGGAAGAGGGAGCCAGAGUAGUGGCCAGGCCUGAAGCGCGGGUAAGGAGAGAGGCCUGGGUGGCCACCAGCGAGGCAACAAGGGCCACCAUGGUGAGACAGCGGGUGGAGGCGGCCCUGGGGCUGCUGGAGGGCUUGGUGGCUGCGUGUGACGAAGCCACAGCCUUCCCCCGGGAGCUGCAGCGCCUGCUCAGGGACAUCGAGGCCACCCUGGAGGGGACAAAUGAGGCAUCCCCUGAUGUCCCUGAGGACUUGGUGGCCAAGGUAGCUGAGGCUGAGCGGCUGUGGGAGGCCAACGCCCACCUGGCCCAGGAUCACCUGCUGCAGGCAGUUCCAGACUUCACUGAAUUCUUGUUCAACAGUUGUCCCACUGGCCCCCGUGCCUGUGAGGUGGCUGAGCAGUGCCAAAGAGCCAUCGAGGACAUCCCAAGGCUCCUUCGACCACUGGAGCGUCCCCAGAGUGUCUCCAAGGUGACCCCAGUGAGCAAGGAGCCCCAAGAGUCCUGUCCCCAGCUGUCCUCAGCCCGGCUGCAGCCACAGGUCAGCGUGGUGGCCAUCCUGGGCAAGCUGCUGGCCACCCUGCCUAGUCAAGACAAGAUGAAGGUCGUGUCCGCAGUGGACCUCUACAGGGACCUGGAGGAAUUCACCAAGGACCUCUGGGCCACCCUGUACCACAUUGAUGGCACCUGGUGGUGCCGGGAUGUCACUGUGGAUGAUGAUGACCCUGUCACCUCCCUGAGCCAGGCCCUGGCCGCGUAUGAGAGCACCCCAUGGACCCCCCCAGAACCGUGUGACAAUGGCAGCCAGCAAGUGGCACACAUCCGUGUCUGUGCUCAUGAACAGCUGGGCCAAGCUGGCCAGGAAGGCCACCAAGCUCCGCAAUGCCUGCAAGAGGGCGGUCAGUGAGGCGGCCGACAUGGUGGCUGCCACCACCGCCCGGGCCAGGCACCUGCAGGACAUGCUUGCCCGUUAUUGGACAGCUCAGGAAAACAUGGUAAAGCUGGGUCAGGCCCUGGGCGGGGAGGAGGGGACCAAGAAG